AUGGAUAAAAAGAAGAUCUCCGACGAGGAACCCUGGGCGAAACGAGAGUCCGGAGAUCCUCGGCAAUCUUGUCUCAAGAUUAGUAGUGAAUCCUACAAGAUGAAGAAGCCGCCAGCUCAACGAAAGCCACCGGUGAUCAUCUACACGGUUCCACCGAAGGUCAUUCACACUGAACCAAGUAACUUCAUGUCAGUUGUGCAACGUCACACCGGCGUUUCUUCGUCUUCCAAUCCCGGUGGCCUUGCCAGCAAUAGGGAGAAUCAAGAGAGGCAUGGUGAUCAAGUAUAUGGUGGCACGACACAAAUGGAGAACGUAUUUGGAAACCUUAAUUCUAAUGACAAUAACAUGCCAGGCUUGUCAGCAAGUGAGAAUUAUCCUCCUUCAUUAGGAGAUGAGUGGGAUGCCUUAUAUCAGUUCAAAGACUAGUCAAAAUGGAACUCUGGUUUGAGUUUGAGUACUAGCUAAUUUAGUUAGGUAGGUCAAUAUACUUAUAUAUAUAUAUAUAU